AUGGAGGGGGGGGCGCCGCCCGCACAGGUGAGGCGGGGGGGGGUUAACCCUGUCCUGCCCGGAGGGGGGUGUCAGAGGGGAGGGACCCUUCCCAGGAGGAGGGGGGUGGGUGGGGAGGGGGACACUCACACGCUGGGCUUCGGGGGUCCCGGGAGGAGCCAGCUGCGUUUUGUGGGGAGAGGGAUAAUCUAUACUGGGGGGGGGAGAGAGAGGAAAAUGUGUGUCUUUGGGGGGGUUAGAGGAAAUGUGUGUCUUUUGGGGGGAGAGGGAAAUGUGUGUCUUUUUUUGGGGGGGUCCUUAAUCUGCGAGUCUUAUGAAAGCUGCGUUUUGUAGGGAGAGGGAUAAUUUAUACUGUGGGGGGGGGAGGAAAAUGUGUGUCUUUUUGGGAGGGGUCCUUCCUCUGCGAGUCUUACGAAAGCUGCGUUUGGUAGGGAGAGGGGUGAACUCUACAGUGGGGGAAGGGAAAUGUGUUUCUUUUUCUGGGGGGGGGAUAUCUUGUGCUUCCCCCUCUGCCUCCCCCUCCCCAGUUAGCUGCCUUUGGGGGGGCAGGUGGUGGUGCGGAGUUUGAGGGGUUCCCCCACCACCACCACUUUCCCACCCGGUGGGCCUGUCAAAAGCCGGCCCAGACAGCUGCUUGCUGCAGUCCUUGGAGGCUGCCUGCCUGUACUGGAGGGGGGGGGCGCCUCUGUCGUAGCUCUUGAAAUCUAUGCAAAAAGGGGUGGUGGUGGGGGACAAGCAUUUAUCCCUCUCUCUGUGUGUGUUUUCCGCCCCCCACUUUCCGAUUUUCCCUGGGCUUCUCCUGCCACAGUUUGGCAGAUUACACCCCGCCUUCCUUCCCUUAACCUUAUUGCUACCAUGCAAAUGGCACAACCAGCUGGUCAUUUGUGGCCUGUGCAGUAGAAUGAGAAGUGGGGGGAGGGAGGAGGGAGGGAAGAAAGAGAGAUUUGUUUACAUCAGGCUUUGUUUUCGGCCAUCAUUGGGGCUCGGGGCAUUUGCCUUUCCAAAGAGGGCUAGCCUCCCCAUCCCAUAACCCUGCUCUCCUGCCUGCUCUCCCUUAUCCCUAAACCCCUAUUCCUGUUGGGAAUACCCCUCUCCAGCGAGGUGGUGCUGAUCUUUUAGGAAGAGGGGUGAAGAAGAAGAAAGCGUAAGCGUUUAAUCCUCCGGCCCUCCUUGCUUACACAGAUUUCACCCAAGGCGUUGAUUCUGUGAGAAACCCCCUGAUCUCUUUCAACCUUUCAUUUCUUUCUUCCGGAGCCUGACACAGACACCAAUUCUGUCUCCUGUCCUGCAUGUUUCUAACCAGCUGUCAGUAGCCUUGAGUGCAGGGAGAGAGAUAGAGAGAGAGAUGGGAUGUUGUUGUUAAUAUUAAGGUGAAGCCAAAACAGAUCUGUCUUUGGACAGGAAGGAUGGGGUUCCUGCUCUUCGUUCUAUAGACCAGUUUGGAGAACAGGAUGUUAUUUCUUCUUUGUGUGGGGAGAGAUAUUCCAUUAUAAAAUGUUGGUGGGGUUCCACAGCAGCCGCCCUUGUUAUCUGAAGAUUAGCUCUCCUCUGAACAAUCUCCAGUUUUCUGGGUCUUGCUCUUAAACUGUGUCUGAAAUCUCAGGUGAAGGCCGGGUACAGGGACCAUUCUGGAGCAACUGGGAAGCGUAUGUGUUUGUGUGUGUGUGUGUUGAGUUCAGCUUGCCCUGUGGUAGAAUUGACCCUAAAAACAGUACCAUGGCCAGGGCCUUGUAAAUGCAUGGCAAGCCCUCAGCAUAGCCUCCCCUCCUAAAAAAAUGGUAAUGAGGAAGGAGGCGUGGCCACGGGGCUGUCUUCUGAUGCACCUGAGGCAAGGAUGCUCCUGGCAUAGGAUUUCCCCCUGUUCAGUAUAAAGUUAUUGGCUAAGGCUGCAGUCUACUCAGAAGCAAGCCCCGCUGAGUUCAGCAAAGCUCACUCCCAGUGAAGUGGGAUUACGAUUGCGGCCUUAUGCAAAGGAGUGCAUAGACAUUCUGCUUCUUAAUUUAGAGCUCCCCUGGGCAGGGCUCACACAGGAAGCGCUAAGGUGUUAGCCAGGAAGUGGGGUUUUGAGAGUUGAUGGGGGAACUGCAGCAACCUAAAGCCUCUCUGAAGAACCACAAGCCCGGCUGGAGGUAGAAGGAAGAGAGACUGACUCAAGCUGGCUUCUGCCACGGUUUUGUUAUUUGUCAGGCAGUUAUUAGGGCCUUUCCCCAGCUGGAGAUUCCCGGUGGUUAAGCUGGUUCAUGUCUGUAGUGCAAAUGGGGCUGCCCCACCAGGCAGAAGGUUGCGCUUAGCUUUGCAGAUAUUGAAUGUCUCAGGGAACAACGGGGCACUUUUUCUUUUCUUUUUUACUCCUUACUGGGUUUUUAAUUUUAUUUUAAACAACCACCCUGUAUUUGAUAUUUACAGAGUAUCUUCUGAAAUACAUGUUGUGCGCAUUUUAAGAUACACAUGUGCCACUUGUGGUAACUGAGGGUAUAUGCUUCUGUGGAUUUUUUUCCUAGGAUCCACAAUCCUUCCAAAUUUAGGGAGCCAAACUUAAAUUUCAACUAUCCUGGUUUUGGAAGCAUCCAUGCCAACAUAAAUUGGCUUUCCCCCACCAACCUGGUGCCCUCCAGAUCUGAAGACAUCAGGUCUAGAUGAGUGUCAUUAGAGCUUUAGCUUCUGUUAGAAGUUCAGCGAGAUGUUGAAUUACACACACACAUGCACAAAGUUGCGCCAUUUUUAUUUAUUUGUAUGCUGCCUUUCUGCAAAAAGCAGCUCUAUGAAAAAUUCUAAAACCAUCAAUAUUGAAUAACUUGCAUGCACGAAAUCAUUUCUAAAACAGCAAUCAAUAUGAGCAGCAUGGGCCCCUGUGAUGACAGGGAGCAUUUUGCUAGCUCAGUUCUCUUCCAGAUCUUUCUUUUAACAGAGCCAAGCCAGGUAGCCUACACUCCUGCUGUAGCUCUCCUGCCUCUGGGCUAAGCACAGGAGCCAAGUGGAAUCAUAGAAUUGUAGAGUUGGAAGGGACCGUGAGGGUCAUCUAGUUCAGCCCCCUGCAGUGCAGAAAUCUUUUGCCCAAUGGGGGGCUUGAACUGAACCCAUGACCCAUGAGAUUAAGAGUCUCAUGCUCUACUGACCAUGCUACUCUGAGGGAGCCUCACAGCUCAGAGGCAGUAUGCCUCUGAUUGCUAGAUUCUGGGGAUAACAACAGGGAAGGACCGUGCCCUGUUGCCAUGCCCUGUGUGUGAGGACUGAAGGGCAUUUGGCUGUCAGCCAGGAUGCCAGACAAACUGGAGCUUUGAGCUAAUGGUGCAAGGUGAUCUUUAUGCUAGCCUUUCCCAACCAGAUGCUCUCCAGAUGUUUAGGGACUACAAUGUCCAUCAGCCCCAGCAUCAUACGGGAGAGCUGAUGAUGGGAGUUUUCAUCCAAAACAUCUGGAGGGCACCUGCUUUGAAAACACUUGCCUCAUGUAGUUACGCCCUUCCUCUCGUAUAGGCAGGUGUUGCUGCAAAUGUGUGUGUUCAGGUCUAUGGGCAAUGCACUUGCCUUGCCUGUUGGUUAGCCCACAGAUCCAAGAAAUUCCAAAUAAUCAUUCCAUCAUGCUAUUUGGACGCCACCUUUCCAAAGACAAAACCAUGCUCAAGGCGGCUUGCAACAUAAAAAAAACUUUGGUAACUGCAGACAUAGCAAAAGUAGCCAUGAACAAUAAACAGAAGACCAGAAAGCACACAUCCAAACUGAACAAUUUCCACAUGAAUCGUAAGAGCCUAAAGAUAUAAAAAAUUAACAGCAACAACUGCCCCCCAACAAGACCCCUCAAACAAAAACCCAGCCCAUUAAAAUAACAGCUCCUGUACAUUCGCACACAAUUGCUUGCAUGUUUACCCAACAAGGGGAGCUGCUAAUGAGAAUGGAACCUGUUUGCCCUGGCCUUUUAGUGCUGGAUAUAUCCCUGGGUGUGCCCCAUUUGCUCUCGUACCUGCUCUUGACCAGCUGCGCUCGGCUAUUCCAUCAAACACAUUAUCUCAGCGAUCUGGUUCUGUUGUGGCUACAUGCCUAGCAAAUUGAGAGUGGGAGCUUGAAUUGGGAGCGCCCAGUUCACAAUCUCACUGCGCUGUCUUACAGGCGUCUCCUCUGAAGUAAGCCUCAUUGCCGUCAGUGGGACUUGCUCUUUUGGAUUAGCAUCCUUAGUAAGGGUGGUGGUGAGGAAUCGUUUGCCCUCCAGGUGCUGUUGGAUCUUCCAGAUGCCACCAGCCAUCCAAAUGGCCAACGGUUAGGGAUGACAGGGAUUCAUUUGUUUAAAACAGUGUUAGGCUCACCUUCAUUGUCAAGCAACCCCAAGGUGGGGACACUGAAACGAAACAAGCUUAGGUAAGUUCAACAGCAUUGGAGAAUCACAGGUUUCUUCUUGCUGGUUCACAGGGCUGGAACAUCCCCCCUCCCCAGCCAGUUGUAGUUUCAAGCAUCCCACUGGAGUGCAUUGAAAAUGUGGGCUGCAACAACAACAAAAAGUCUUUUAAGAUUGGCACCUCAAACUUAUUAUGGCAUAAGCUUUUGUGGACCAGAGUCCACUUCGUCAGAAGUCUUAUCCUGACCUGCAAGUACAUAUAUACUUGGUGGUAGUGGUGGGAUUAUAAAAAGUGAGGUCAGGAGGAUUUGACGGCUGCUCCUCUGGAAAUGAGGACAAUGAGCAAUUAUGUCUGUACUCCUGGGCAGAGAGCAUUGGCUAAGACUUCCCUUUUCCAAGGCUGCCUAUCUUCCCACGAGUCAGUGCAAGGGAAUAUGGAUAGCCAGGGCUCUCCUUUGGGGCUUGGUUGGCCACAAAGCCAAGAACAGCAGUAAGGAACCCAAUGCAAUGGCACUUUCAAUUCCCAGCAAGUGGUAUUCAGCAGCGUUCAAAAUUCACCAGGCGCAUUUUGCACCUGGCUAUCAGCCGCUUGCGACCAAGUGAAAAUGCCUGGGAGACAAUAUGGCGCUUGACACCUCCCCCAACUGGAGGUGCAUGCCUGGGGUUCCUUGGAUCUUGACUGUUUUCACACAUCCUGUAGAAUUCUAUCCAUUGUAUUUUAUCUGCACAAUCGGAAUGGAUUUCAGGAGCAAAAAGGUCACAUUGAAAAAUACGACUUUCGAUCCCCGAAUGGCAACUAGGCAUUCCGUUUUGGCGACUGUAACGACUGUAACCUUGGCUUAGGGAGCAAUUUGGCAACUAGCUUGUAUAUCUGAGUUUCUAACACGGGUAUUCAGAGACAGUGGAGGUAGUAGGCAUCCAUCCUAACAAUGCCUACUCAUUUAUACUCAGGCCCAUUAAAUUUAAUAGGGUUUCCUCCCAGGUGAAUGGGGUUAGCAGCGCAGCCCCAUUCGCCACUGAAGAAGCCGAACGAAUAACAGAAAAAGGGACAUGGGAGUAAACUGCUUUAGAAAGUGAGGUGCAAAUAAAGUAGUGAAACAACAACUUCCCAGCAACAAUCACAUCAUAUGCAAUAUGUUAUGCUCUUGGUAGGCUCCUUUGGUGAUAUAAAAAUAGUUGUAAGAAACAUUCUAGUAAAAAAACCCAAUGACCCACACCGAGUUCAUGCUGGGUAACCAAAAUGAUCAAGGGGAUGGAAUGACUCCCCUGUGGAGGAAGGUUGCAGCGUUUGGUACUUUUUAGUUUAGAGAAAAGGUAAGAAGCAACGUGAGAGAAGUUUAUAAAAUGAUGCACGGCAUCUAGAAAGUGGGUGGAGAAAAGUUUUUCUCCUUCAUACCUGUGGGCAUCCCAGUGAAGCUGAAUGUGGGAAGAUCUAGGAUAGAUAAACGAAAGUCCUCUUUCAUGCAAUGCAUAGUUAAACUGUGGAACUCAAUGCCACAGGAGGCAGCAAUGGCCACCAACAUGGAUGGCUUUCAAAGGGGAUUAGACAAAUUCAUGGAGGGGGAGAGAGCUGUCAACGGCUACCAGCCACGAUGGCUAUCUUCUGCAUCCACAGGCAGAGGCAGCAAUGCUGUCAUCUGGCUGGCCACUGUGAGAACAGGAUGCUGGGCUAGAUGGGCCAUUGGCCUGAUCCUGCAGGCUCUUCUUAUGUUCUCAAGUGUGGAGCAGUGCAUUCAUAUUUUCAUUGCAGGACAGUGAGCACUGGAAGCUGCUUAUCCUGGAUCAGACCAAUGGUCCAUCCAGCUCACUAUCACCUUCACCAGUCUUGGGGGACCUGUGGGCCUCUAGAUGUUAUGGGACUACAACUCCCAUCGUCCCUGACUUGGUCAUGUUGGCUGCUGGAGCAGAUGGGAGCUGGGAGUUGAUGUUUAGAGACCAACAGGUCUACCACCACUGCUCUACACUGUCAGUGCCUCUCCAGGUUUUCAGACAGAGAUUUUUGCCAGCCCUUGCUGGAGAUGCCUGCAAUUGAGCCUUGGACCUCCUGCGUGCAAACCAGUUGCUGUGGCUGUUUCCCCUAACCCUUGUCUUUUUCUUCAACCAGGCAUCAGAACUGGACCGGGAGCCUCGGCGACGGUUUCCUCCUCGGCUCCCCACCGACCCCGACCAAAUGUUCGAAAGGGAAACGCAGACCGCUGAGAUCUCUCUCACCUUGGUGGCGUCCUUCCAAGCGAUGGAGAAGAAGGUGGAGUCUCACGCCACGCGGUUGCUGGAUUUGGAGGGCAGGACGGGGAUGGCGGAGAAGAAGAUAAUAGACUGCGAGAAAACAGCUGUGGAAAUCGGGAACCAACUGGAGAGCAAGUGGGCUGCUUUGGGGACUCUGAUCCAGGAGUACGGGCUGCUGCAAAGGAGGCUGGAGAACAUGGAGAACCUCCUGAAGAACCGUAAUUUCUGGAUCCUCAGGUUCCCCCCGGGCUCCAAGGGAGAAACCCCCAAGGUAAGGACCUCAUUGGUGCUGCAGGAUAAUGGUGUAUCUUCCACCUAGAUCCGUGGUCUGAGCAUGCAAACCUGAGCAUGAAAACAACUAAUCAGGAUGCGGCAGCUAGACUGGUGCCUGGGAGUAGAAGCCGAGACCAUAUAGCAACGGUCCUGAAAGACCUACAUUGGCUCCCAGUACGUUUCCGAGCACAAUUCAAAGUGUUGGUGCUGACCUUUAAAGCUCUAAACAGCCUCGGUCCAGUAGACCUGAGGGAGCGUCUCCACCCCCAUCGUUCAGCCCAGACACAGGUCCAGCUUUGAGGGCCUUCUGGCGGUUCCCUCCCUGCGAGAAGUGAGGUUACAGGGAACCAGGCAGAGGGCCUUCUCGGUAGUGGUGCCCGCAUUCCCAUCAGAUGUCAAGGAAAUAAACAACUACCUGACUUUUAAAAGACAUCUGAAGGCAGCCCUGUUUAGGGACACUUUUAAUGUUUGAUGUUUUAUCGUGUUUUUAAUAUUCUGUUGGAAGCUGCCCAGAGUGGCUGGGGAAACCCAGCCAGAUGGGCGGGGUAUAAAUAAUAAAUUAUUAUUAUUAUUGUUAUUAUUGCGAAGCUUUAAAAGGAAAUUAAACAAAUGCAUGGUGGAUGACAAGUCUAUGAGGCUGCAGUCGUAUGGACGCAUUGAAGCCAACUUCUGAGUUGGCAUGUGUAGGACUGCAUGGUCAAGCAAGCUUUAUGGAACCUCCAUAUGCAAGAGCAGUCUAUCACUGAGUCCCAGUUAGUGGGGAGCAACAGCAGGAUCAAGUUAUUGCCUUCAGGCCUUCUUUGGUUGACUAUGGUUGGAAAACAGGAUCUUUGAGUAGAUGGACCUUUGAUCUGAUCUAGGGAAAACUGGGACUUGGGAAAACAAGGCCCUGUCUAAUGUCCCUGGGCAGGGCGAGUCAGUGUUGAGACUGAAAGAUUAAAAAAAGACUCUUGAGCCUUUAUUUUGUUUCAUCUUGGUUGCAUUUAGUUAACUCAUGUUGAGAGGAAAGGUUUGCAGAAAUAGCUCAUAGGAGGGAAUCUAAAUUUCUUCUUUUUUAUUUAAAGAAGAUGAAGUGAGACAGCUGUCCAGAAGAAGCUAUAAUUUACAUAGAGAUGGAGUCUAGAUUUCUGCACAAUUCAGACAUCCAAUUUCUGCAGUUUGAAAUAAUUUGCGACAGUGAAAUUGGUUCUACUUAAUCUAUGUCUUUUGUUUGGUGGCAAAGCUGACAGAGGGAGGAGAGUUCUUCUAAGGCAGGGGUGUCGUUGGACUACAACUCCCAUCAUUCCUGGCUAUUGCCUAUGCUGGCUGGGGCUGAUGGGAAUUGCAGUUGACAAUAUCUUGCACAUUCCUUGGGAAUAAGUGAUACUGAGUUCAUGGGAAUUUACUGCAUAGGAUUGAGCUGUUGGGGAUGUUUUGAAUAAGGAGGUGGGGGACCAGGAGAGUUAGGGGGUGUUCUCACUCAUUUGACGCUUAGGAGGACAACCAUGGUGAUAUUGUAGUUAGUUCACCAUACAGUCGUGGUAAAGAUAUACAUGCAUGGUUAGAUACUAGUUCAGAAAAUAAAAAUGUUCAAUCCAAGAUCAGUCAAGAGAAUGGGAACAUUAUUAACGGUCUUCAAACAAAAACAUCUUGGAGGUCCCAGGCCACAGAUUGGUUAGGCUGGCCUCAACCAGAGCCAGGGCUUUUUCGGCUGUGGCUCCGAUCUGGUGGAACGCUCAGUCCCAAGAGACUAGGGCCAUGCGGGACUUGACAUCUUUCCGCAGGGCCUGCAAGACAGAGCUGUUCCACCAGGCCUUUGGCCAGGGCACAGCCUGACCCCCUCCUUUGGUAAUUCUUCACAGAACUCGAGCCCAAUGGUUGCCGUCAAUUUGAUUUGAACUGAUUUUAUAAUGAAUUGAUUUUAGAAUGCUGUAUUAUUUUACUGUUGUUAGCCGCUCUGAGCCGGGCUUUGGCUGGGGAAGGCGGGAUAUAAAUAAAAUUUUAUUAUUAUUAUUAUUAUUAUUAUUAUUAUUAUUAUUAUUUUCAUAGAAGCGAAGAGAGCUACUAUUCGCAUGUGAUCAGUGCAAAAUUGAAGCAAAUUUGGAGAGAACCUGCAAUCCACGCAUUUGCUUUUUAAUAUACCUCCGCCACGUAGUCCAUUGGCUUAGCAGUGCCUUGCAAAACACAUAUCAAAUGGGUCGAUUUAUCUGAAACUAUGAUACGCAAGGCCUUUGUGAACCAGAUGUUAAGGGGAAAAGAUUGGCGUACUUUUCCAUAAUGUUUCCAAUAAGAGAACCUACAGUGGUUGAUUUUGGCCCAGGGGUUUCCAGCUGGGAUCCUAGCUCUUACAAAAGCAGGUGUGAAAUGUUGGUUGGAUGAGAAGCUUGGAGAAUGCUGACAGCUCUUGUGGUUGCAGGUUCCCGUGACGUUUGACGACGUGUCCGUCUAUUUCAACGAAAAGGAGUGGGAGAAGCUGGAGGAGUGGCAGAAGGAGCUGUACAAGAACUUAAUGAAGGGGAACCACGAAUCCUUGAUCUCUCUGGGUAAUGUUGCGCAAGGCAGUUGUGGACUCCAGCUGGCCUGGACAGGGAACUCCAUGCAUCCUUCCGGGGAAGGGCUGAAUUUGAGUGCCAAACCAUUUGUCUCUGGGGCCAGAUAAUCAUGGGGCACUCUGCUUAUGCUGUCCCUACUUAAGCCAGAUCAUUUGCUUAAUCUGCUGGAAGCUGUUUCCACUCUCAUUACGUCCAGCACUCUGGACCAUUGUCUGUUCAGCUGAUUCUUUGAUUGAUUGAUUGGGGAAUGGGCAUCCCCACCUUCCAAAUCGGAAUUUGCAUGGUUGAUCUUGUCACGUUGAUAACCAGCCUGGAAUUGCGAUCGACGUUGUUACAAGCUUGUGUCUGAACCCAGUAUUCCUGUGUCUCCCUACACACAUUGCCAAGAGGUUUCAGACCUUUGGCCAGAGUUAUAACACGUGUUCAUUACAAAUACUGUAUGUGUUUACUCUUAACCUUAUGCCCCAGGAAGUUCACGCACAAGAGGAAUAAAUCGGGUUUAUUGCAUGGACUGAAAGCGAGAGGGUAUAGCGAUUGUGCCUCAGGCAGCGAAGUUAUAAGCAGGAAGCAACUCAUGCGAGAUACACACCUUGAUUUAAAGAGUAAAGAAGGGUCCCUAUCAAAAGCAGCCUGCAUUUUGGAACAUGCCACGAAUUCCCCCAAGAGGAAGAGCUGUUUGACAGUGGAACGGUCUCCCUUGGGAGGUUGUGGACUCUCCUUCCUUAGAGCAGCCUUUCUAAACUUUCUCUCCUUUCUUAGAGCAGCCUUUGAAUUACAACUCCUAUCACCCCUAGCUAGCAAGGCCAGAGCUCAGGGAUGAUGGGAGUUGUAGUCCAACAACAUCUGGGGGACCCACAGCUUGAGAACUGCUGCCUUAGAGGUUGUUCAGCAGAGGUUGCCUGGCCAUCUGUCAGGGAUGCGUUAGCUGUGAUUCCUGCGUAGCAGUGGGUUGGGCUAGAUGACCUUUGGGGUGCCUUCCAACUCUAAAAUUCUAUGAUUCUGUGAUUCUAUGAAAUGUAAAGGAGGCAACAAAAUAAAAUAUGUCCCUACCUCCACACCCCGCUCUUCAUGUAAAGAGUAUGAUUUACAGGCAGAAACUGUGUCUUCGCAUCAAAUUACCGUAUUUUUUGCUCUAUAAGACUCGCUUUUUCCCUCCUAAAAAGUAAGGGGAAAUGUGUGUGCAUCUUAUGGAGCGAAUGCAGGCUGCGCAGCUAUCCCAGAAGCCAGAACAGCAAGAGGGAUGGCUGCUUUCACUGCACAGCGAUCCCUCUUGCUGUUCUGGCUUCUGAGAUUCAGAAUAUUUUUUUUCUUGUUUUCCUGCUCCAAAAACUAGGUGCGUCUUAUGGUUUGGUGCGUCUUAUAGAGUGAAAAAUACGGGUAGAUGUUGGGGAAUGAAAGAUAAGAUUCAUGCCUUUCGUUAACAGUCGUCAACAGGUUUACCAUACCUAUUAGCCAAUCACCCAUUCCCACUACCCUUCUGAGAAAUACCCCUCCCCACCCUCUCACUAUAUAGAAGGGUCUGGUGACUUCUGUUUCAGAGUAUCUGAAGAAGUGUGCAUGCACACAAAAGCUCAUACCCAGAACAAACUUAGUUGGUCUCUAAGGUGCUACUGGACAUUUUUUUUAAAUUUUUUUUGGAAGGAUUCUUUUAAAUACUUUUUUAGGGGGGGAAGUUUUUUUAAGGACUUGAUUCUUUUAAAGGAUUUUUUUGGGAAGAGUUUUUUAAAUAAUCUUUUUCUAGGUUUUUAUUUAUUUAUUUCGACUACGGCAGACCAACACUGCUACCUACCUGAAUCUAUUGGCUGCCUGUUCAUGCAACACUUUGAUGCUGGGUGUUUUUGGACCUGUUCAUGAAAGUAGUUCACCUCUUUCUUCUCCUUUUGUCUCAUGUUAGGGUUAGGGCCAGGGCCUUUUCAGCACUGGCCCCGACUUGGUGGAACGCUCUGUCACAAGAGACCAGGGCCCUGUGGGACUUGACAUCUUUCCGCAGGGCCUGCAAGACAGAGCUGUUCCGCCUGGCCUUUGGUUUGGACUCAGUCUGACCCUUAUGUUUCCCUCCCCUUAUGGUCUUGAUUUAUCGGCUACUUUUAAAAUGAGGCUGCAUUUUAAAUUGCAUUUUAACCUGUGUUUUAAAUUGGGUCCCCCCCCCACAUUAUGUUUUUUACUGUGAUUUUAUUGGUGUUAUCUGCCCUGAGCCCAGCUCUGGCCAGGGAGGGUGGGGUAUAAAUAAAAUUUAUUUUUAUGUUUAUAUUUAUUUGUUUGUUCAUGUGCAGAAUUUCUCCCCUGCCCUUCUAGCGCCCAUGUACCACUCAGGGUGGCUUACAACAAUUUUAAAUCGCAACACAAUCAAUAUACAUUUAUUUAUUUGUCAAAAUUUAUUUGCCGCUUAAUCAACAGAAAUCUGUAAGCGGUUUACAUAAAACCAUGUGAAACAGUAAUUUAAAAUGCUGACUAACUGCCUCCCACCCGUCUCCUAAACCGGUGACCGUCUUGUUCUUUGUCUCCAACAGACUAUGCAAUUUCUAAGCCGGGCGUUUUGGCCCAGGCGGAGCCUGGUACCGACUCGUGUCUUGGAGAUGAGCAGGACUCAGAAGAGCAAGGCAGUCUUCCUGAUCCUACUGCAGGUGAGCAACGGGUCUGUAGGAUUUGUGCUGCAGGUCUGUCUCCGUGUGUGUGGGGUGUGUGUGUGUCCUGCAACAAAAGGCACUGCUUUAAGUUCAGACAGAACUGUUUAGUCCUGCUUCAGUAUUUAUUUCUCUCUUUUUUUUACAAACAAACCCCACUGUCACAAAACUCGUUUUAUGCAAAUCGUAGCCAUGAUGGCUGUGCUGGGCCUCCAGAAUUUGAGGCGGGGUUGCUUCUGAAUCCUAGCUGCUGGAAACCACAGGAGGGGAGAGGCGCUGUUGUGCUCAAAGCCUGCUUGCAGGUUUCUCAUGCUCAGAGCAGCCUAGCUCCUGUCAGUACGCCUUUCAACCGAUGUGCAGCAACUAGGCUCAAUAGCUGGUUCUGCCCCGACUGGGCUAGGUGACUGGAGCACUUUUAGAGACCUUGCAAUCCUGGGAAACAGGUCCCAGUGCCCUGGACCCACAACUGUGCAUUGUGAGCACCAUGCAGAAUAUAAAUAACGCGGAAGCUAGCCGUGAAGCAUAACUCCUUUUAUUUAUAAUAGCUACUACAAACUAACGAACUACUGGCUUGCAUGAGUGUUACAGCUCCCACUCAGCCACCUAGUCACAACAUAGAUAAGACUCUCUCUACAAACAGAGUAAGGCAUUCAGUCAGGAGCGGAAGAGGAGAAGAGCAGUUUCCGCCCACUCCUUUCUCAAAACAUCAGAUCAGGAGAUUCUUGCAAUGGGAGGGGGUGAAAAUAUCAACAGCUCCUGCACUUUCUGCCAGCUGCAGCUUUAGGGGCAGCCCCAUGUAGAGGGCAUUGCAGCAGUCCAGGCAAAAGGGUGGGAUAUUUGUUGUUUAGUCAUGUCCGACUCUUCGUGACGCCCUGGACCAGAGCACGCCAGGCACUCCUGUCUUCCACUGCCUCCCACAGUUUGGUCAAACUCAUGCUGGUAGCUUCGAGAACACUGUCCCACCAUCUUGUCCUCUGUCGUCCCCUUCUCCUUGUGCCCUCCAUCUUUCCCAACAUCAGGGUCUUUUCCGGGAGUCUUCUCUUCUCCUGAGGUGGCCAAAGUCUUGGAGCCUCAGCUUCAGGAUCUGUCCUUCCAGUGAGCACUCAGGGCUGAUUUCCUUCAGAAUGGAGAGGUUUGAUCUUCUUGCAGUCCAUGGGACUCUCAAGAGUCUCCUCCAGCACCAGAAUUCAAAAGCAUCCAUUCUUCGGCCAUCAGCCUUCUUUAUGGUCCAGCUCUCACUUCCAUACAUCACUACUAACAAAACCAUAGCUUUACCUGUACGGACCUUUGUUGGCAAGGUGAUGUCUCUGCUUUUUAAGAUGCUGUCUAGGUGGGAUAUAAAAGCGUUAAAUAUAUAAAUAGGCUACCUAGUCUGGAGUCCGCGUGGAAUGAUGGUGCUGCGUUCCUGGUGCAUCCUAGUCCAGUGGCAGAACAUGCAGGGGCUGGCUGUUGAAGGGGGUUUCUUGAGAACAGCGAGAGCCACUGCCAGCCCCCUUCCCUGCAAUGUUGUCGCUGCAGGCGUUCGCUGAUCCUCCUGCAAUUUUACAUUUUUGUAAAAAAAUAAAAUCCUCUUCCUUUCUGAAUCCUUCCUCCCGCAGCUGGCAUCAGGGUGGUGAUCAAAACAGAGGAGCCCCAUUCCGACGACUGCCCGGAAGACCUGGAGCCGCACCAAAUGUCCGGGAGCUCGGAGGGGGAUUUCCAGGGCCUGGAUCAAGAAGCCCCCUGCAGAAGUCCUUACAGCGCAGCCACACCUCUGGGGAACUUUGCAGGGAAUAACCUCGAGGAAGUGGGCGACUACGACAUGGGCUUCGGGGAAAUCAAGAGAGUAACUGUCCAGCACGGCACAUGCACAGGUAAGAGCUUGCAAAACAAGGUUUAUUAAAUUUCUGAGAAAUCAAUCAACUUAACCAAAUACAACUUGAUGGUUGUUCCAUCAAUACUGCAAACAGCCCCAGUGUUCCAAAGGAGCCUUAAGAUAAAUAGCAUAGCCAAUGGACUAUUUCGCUCUAGUAAGUCUCUUUCUCUUGCAUGUGAUUGUGGGGGUCUUCAAGUUGGUGGCCAGGUUGCACGGAACAGCAAUGGGUCCAAUCUCCCUCUGGCAGCAUGCAGUUGGUGUGUCCGUUUUUCUAACGCAUACCAGGUGCGCAUCCGCGGGUUGCAAUUCGCCGCUUCUGUGCAUGCGUGUGACGUCAUUUUGAGCAUCUUCACAUGCGCAGUCAGCGAAACCCGGAAGUAACCCGUUCCGUUACUUCCGGGUCGCCCCGAAGCGCAACCUGGAAAUGCUCAGCCUGAAGCAUCUUUAACCCGAGAUAUGACUGUAUUUCCACCUGUGCUGCUGGCAGCAGAGCAGCAGAGGCGUCCUUUGAUUUUCUGAGUGAAGUGGGCCAGGGAGCCUUCGAGGGAGUCUUGGGCUGAGCUGGGGUUUGCAUAAAGGUUUCCCAGCUUAUAUUCUGGCUCUUGCCAUCCACGAACUGAGGGUAACUCUGAGGCUGGGGAGAGCAGCACCUCACAAUCUUGCAGUGCAAAAUUCCUCUCCCCCUACCACUCUCCCUUGAUCAGUGGAGUUCCCGGAGGGGUGCGUGGUAAUCGCCCUUCUUCUCUCCUCACCCCCAGCCCUGCUGAGAGAGCAAAUCCAGCCAUUCCCCAAAGCCAUAUAACCACUCUGAUCAAGGUAGUAAUCAUAAUAAUAAUAAUAAUAAAAUAAUUUAUUUAUACCCUGCCCUCCCCAGCCAAGACCAACACCGGUAUAAAAACAAUUGAUUGAAAUACAACAUUAAAAUGCAGCCUCAUUUCAGUAGGAACUCAAAUCAAAAACUUUUGGGGAUGAAAACGUCAAGUCUUCACCAAGGCCAACUAUCCAGACUGGUCCUACGUGGGCCAGAAAAAAGCCAGGGAAGUCCCCAAAUAGGAGUUACAACACAGAAGGAGAAGGGAAAAAGGAAAGAGGGGAUCAAAUUGACUCCAAGCCAAAGGCCAGGCGGAACAACUCUGUCUUACAAGCCCUGCGGAAAGAAAUCAGAUCCUGCAGGGCCCUGGUCUCAUGAGACAGAGCGUUCCACCAGGCCGGAGCCAGUGUUGAAAAGGCCCUGGCUCUGGUUGCGGCUAAUCUGACUUCCUUAGGGUAGUCUGUGUGGAUUGCGAAAGUUGCCAUUUUUUUAAAAAAGAAAGAAAAGUAAUUCCUACUCUUUAGCAUUGAGAGGGUUGCAGGGACUCAUGACUGUCAACAAACUGGCAGGCCGUUUUCAGGAAAUCCUGGAGAAACUUUAACCCUGAAAUGUUUCCCCUGCCGAUCAAGUGACGCCCUGACCUUUCCUUUUGUUUCCCUCCAAGAUGGCGGCAUUGUGAUCAAAAUGGAGGAGGAGGAGGAGGAAGAAGAGGAAGAGGAGGAGGAGGAGGAAGAAGAAGAAGACCCUGUCAACUUGGAGCCGCGUGGGCUGUUCUCCUCGAGAGCGGAGCCCCCCUGCUCGCUGAAUUGCAACGUGGAAGUGAUGCGGGAAGAGAAGCGGGUGGUGAAGCCCUCCAGGGCCACGGUGGGCAUCUGCGCCCCUCUGUGCGAAAGGGACAGUGGCGUCGAGUCGCGGCCGGUCACCUUCCAGCAGAGGAACCGGACGCGCGAGAGGCCGUACAUCUGCCCGGAGUGCGGCAAGAGCUUCAUGCUGCGCAUCAACUACAUAAUCCACCAGCGCAACCACCUCAAGGAAGGCCCCUACGAGUGCCACGCCUGCGACCUCAGCUUCCGCAUCAAGCAACAGUUCCUGCUGCACCAACGGCUGCACACCGCGCGGCGCGGGGUGGCUCCCCCGCCCCGGCGGGGCCAGGCCUACCCCGACAAGCGCAGCCUCAAGCCGCAGCCCAGGCCCCCGCCGGCCCCGGGGAAGCCCUACAAGUGCGGCGAGUGCGAGAGCAGCUUCAGCCACAAGUCGAGCCUGAGCAAGCACCAGAUCACGCACGUGGGCGAGCGGCCGUACUCGUGCGGCGAGUGCCGCAAGAGCUUCCGGCUGCAGAUCUCGCUGGCCAUGCACCAGCGGGUGCACGCCGGCAAGAACGAGCUGUCCUUCAUCUGCCCGCAGUGCGGCAAGGCCUUCAGCCGCCCCUCGCACCUCCUGCGGCACCAGCGGACUCACACGGGCGAGCGGCCCUACAAGUGCAGCCAGUGCGACAAGACCUUCAGCGAGAAGUCCAAGCUGACCAACCACUACCGGGUGCACACGCGGGAGCGGCCCCACGCCUGCGGCGAGUGCGGCAAGGGCUUCAUCCGCAAGCACCACCUGCUGGAGCACCAGCGCAUCCACACCGGCGAGCGGCCCUACCACUGCACCGAGUGCGGGAAGAACUUCACCCAGAAGCACCACCUCCUGGAGCACCAGCGGGCGCACACCGGCGAGAGGCCCUACCCCUGCACGGAGUGCGCCAAGUGCUUCCGCUACAAGCAGUCCCUCAAGUACCACUUGCGGACACACAUGGGGGAAUGA